UAUAUAUACUCAUAUUCAUCAACAAAGCUUCAUAUUUAUAUGCACAAUUCUCGCUGAGUUUUGUACAGAGAUGACAACUCAAAGCAAUUCACCUAUAAGAAAUAGCAUGCCGUUUUUUAAUUUAAGGGAGGAUAUCGAGCCUUCGCGGCUUCGAAGCUCGCCGACUCUCGGCCAGCUGCUCAAGUGCGUGGGAGAUGUGAGGAAGGAUGUUGUGGGAGACGAAACGCCGCCGCAUCAGUCGCUUGACUUGAGCGACGAUGCGAUGAGCACGGACUCUCGGGCUAUGCCGUUUGUGCUGGCGUUUAAUAAUUUGACGUAUAGUGUUAAGGUUCGGCGCAAGAUGAAGGUGCCGGCUUUGUUUACGAGUCAAGCUCCUGAGAUCAAUCCUGUUGCGGGGGAGAGUACUAUGUAUUCGAAUACGAAGACUUUGCUUAAUGACAUUUCGGGGGAGGCACGAGACGGGGAGAUUCUUGCGGUGCUGGGCGCUUCGGGGUCGGGGAAGUCGACGUUGAUCGAUGCGUUAGCGAAUCGGAUUGCGAAAGGGAGUUUGAAGGGGAAGGUCACACUCAAUGGCGAACAUUUGGAGUCGAGAUUGCUUAAAGUGAUCUCGGCUUAUGUGAUGCAAGAUGAUCUUCUUUUUCCCAUGCUCACUGUUGAAGAAACCCUGAUGUUCGCAGCUGAGUUUCGUCUCCCUAGAACACUUUCAAAAUCGAAAAAGAAGCUGAGAGUGCAAGCUCUAAUUGAUCAAUUAGGCCUCCGUAACGCUGCCAACACAGUCAUUGGAGACGAAGGCCACCGCGGUGUCUCGGGUGGGGAACGCCGCCGUGUCUCAAUUGGGAUCGACAUAAUCCAUGAUCCAAUUCUACUCUUUCUAGAUGAGCCAACCUCAGGGCUUGAUUCCACGUCAGCAUACAUGGUAGUGAAGGUUUUACAAAGAAUUGCUCAGAGUGGAAGCAUAGUAAUGAUGUCCGUGCACCAACCGAGCUACCGAAUCCUCGGCUUACUCGACAGAUUGCUGUUUUUAUCGCGCGGCCAGACGGUUUACAGCGGCUCUCCUGCAAACCUCCCAUUGUACUUUUCGGAUUUCGGCCAUCCGAUUCCUGAAAAUGAGAACCGGACCGAGUUCGCCCUGGACCGAAUCCGCGAACUCGAAGGCUCCCCUGGAGGGACACGAAGCCUAGUCGAGUUCAACAAAUCAUGGCAAAGCCUAAAAAGGAGUCGUCGAAAUUUCGACCAAACCCCAAGCCCCGCACACAAUCUAUCACUCAAAGAAGCCAUAAGCGCAAGCAUUUCACGAGGCAAACUCGUUUCAGGAGCAACUAACGACGUCAAUCCCGCUUCCAUGGUUCCCACAUUCGCCAAUCCGGCGUGGAUCGAAAUGGCCGUGUUAUCCAAAAGAUCAUUCACAAACUCUCGUCGAAUGCCAGAGCUUUUCGGUAUUCGACUAGGCGCUGUUAUGGUCACCGGAUUUAUUUUAGCCACAAUGUUCUGGAACCUCGACAAUUCACCGAAAGGCGUUCAAGAGCGUCUCGGCUUUUUCGCCUUUGCGAUGUCCACAACAUUCUACACCUGCGCAGACGCGCUCCCUGUUUUUCUCCAGGAACGUUACAUAUUCAUGAGAGAAACGGCUUACAACGCCUAUCGUCGAUCCUCGUAUGUUUUAUCACAUUCGCUAGUCGUUUUACCUUCUCUGAUCUUCCUCUCUUUCGCGUUCUCGGCCACUACAUUUUGGGCAGUCGGCCUAGACGGUGGCCUAUCCGGCUUCCUCUUCUACUUCCUCAUGAUCUUCGCGGCCUUUUGGGCCGGAAGCUCAUUCGUGACGUUCCUCUCGGGAGUCGUUCCUCACGUAAUGCUCGGUUACACAAUCGUCGUCGCGAUACUCGCCUACUUUCUUCUGUUCAGCGGAUUCUUCAUAACCCGAGACCGAAUCCCGGGCUACUGGAUAUGGUUCCACUACAUUUCACUAGUGAAAUACCCUUACGAAGGCGUUCUACAAAACGAAUUCGAGAAUCCCACAAAAUGCUUCGUCAAGGGUGUACAAAUUUUCGACAACUCGCCAUUAGGCCAGGUGCCGAAUGCGAUGAAACUGAACCUUCUGAAGAGCAUGAGCAAGACGCUGGGAAUGCCGAUCAAUGCACGCACUUGCUUGACAACAGGGGCGGAUAUAUUGCAGCAACAAGGGAUCACGGAUUUGAGCAAGUGGAAUUGCUUGUGGGUGACUGUGGCUUGGGGUUUCUUCUUUAGGAUACUUUUUUACUUUUGUUUACUGUUGGGCAGUAAGAACAAGAGAAGUUAAAAAAAAAAGCAGUAAUUAAGUUAUGUGAGGGCAAAACAAAAAAGAAAAUAAAUCGUCUUGUAUUUUGGAGGUUGUUUAAUUUCAUGUAUUUAUAAUUCGUGAUAAUUGUUACAUUUGUGACCUUUGUAAUGGCAAUAUUAUUUUUUUUUUGAAGAA